UCUGUGGUUUUUCAAGAAAAAUUCAGCAUUUAGUGUUCAGUCGUGUUUUACCCUUUCGUUUUACGUUCGACUAACAAGUCGAAGUUAAUUUUCGACGAACCUGUUCUAUCAAAUCGCCAAGACGAAGCUUAAAAUGCCAUUGGGCAAUCACGCUGCCCUUACACCCCUGGAGGACAUGUCAGCUGGUCGAGGACAAGCAGGUGGGGGGCCUCCUCCGAGUUGUCAGAAAAUUUUUAUACAACGUGACUAUAGUGAAGGCACUGUUGUUAAGUUUCAAACGCAAUUUCCUCCGGAAUUGGAGAGUAGACUGGACAGACAGUCGUUCGAGUAUACAAUCAAUCAGUUGAACAACUACUUCGCAGAAGCUGAACGUGCCAGUUGUUCUACAUACUGCGAAGGUUGCCUGGCAUGCCUCACUGGUUAUCUAAUUUAUAUAUGCACAGAGACUCAUUAUGAAAAGUGUUUAAGAAAAGUGGCAAAAUUUGUUUGUGAACAAAAUGACAGAGUCUAUAAACCACGUGGUCUGUUAUUAACAGAUCCAGCAAUGCGUGGUCUUAGGCUAAUAGAAAUUUCAAUACUGGAUAGACCUGCAUCGUGACUGCACAUUAGCCGAUCCAGAGAAUUCUUUAUGUGAUCCACGCACUUCUGCCACUUUGCUAGGAUUGCAAAACCUAUAUGAGCUGAUGAGUGUCUCUGGACAUAAAUUUUGUUCAAUCUCUGAUCCUAUUUUACAAUUUAGUUUGUGUAAUGUGAAUUUUAUAGAGAUUCACAGAGUAAAACAAGAAAAUGGUUUAUAUUUACAGUGAAUAGCUGUGUAAACAUACAUGCAAUGGUCUCUUUAUUAAAUAUUAAGAAUAAAAAUUGACUUAUUUGAUAUAAUAUAUUUGGAAAAGGAUCAGUGAAUUUUUUUCUUAAUAAUCUUUUCUCUUAAUUCCAUAUGGUGGAAUUAUAAGAAAUUUCAUUUACAAUUUUUAAUCGUGAAAUAAUGAUGUAAAAAGAAAAAAAGUACACUUUCACAAAAUUUUCCUGCAAAUAAGAACACGAUUACUUUUUCUUUGCAUGUAUGUUUUUUGAUCAAUUAAAACUAUAUCUAUUGUAUCUAUAUUGUCCACGUACUGAGUUCGGACAAAUCGUGGACGCGUACCAACGCCAUGUUUUAUAUAAGUUCAAUUUUCUAAUGCAUAUAAGUAUACCAGUGUAAACGAUCGAUAAGAAGAAUCUGAGCGCGUAUUUAUCGAGAACAGCUACACGUUUUAUCCAUUAAAAAUGGAAAUUAGAAACUUUAUAUAUGUAUAUAUAUGUAUAUAUAUAUAUAUAGAUUUUAUACACACUCAGGUUCUUUUGUACAUCGAGUAAACGUUUAAAAAAGUUUUUUACCGUUCGUUUAAAGACUUUAUCGUCAUCUGCAUUUAAUAGACGACAUAUGUGAGUCAAAUUGGAGUUCCAUUUCCGAUUAAACAUUAUCGGAAUUUUUAAUUUGGUCUCGAAUUUGAUUCAUCAUCAUCGUCAAGUACUGAAAAACAUUUAUCCGCGUCAAUAUAAGUUUCGAACGCUUCGUUGAACUUCGUUAAGCUUAAACUACUAUUCUCCGCGUUGUAUCUUCCACGAUGCUUCUGUUCCACAACCAUAUCUCGUGAAUUUGAUUCAUAUUAUACCUAUGAAUACACAUCGUCACGAUCCCCAGGGAGAUUUACUUGCCGUGAACACCUCAUUGGAACAAUUGAUCGAUCGAAUUAAAUGGAAAUUUACUGGCACAAAGUAUUUACGUUGAGAAAUCUCCGUUGGAUUGGCUAAAGGAAAAAAAUUAUACAAAAAAAAAAAAGAAAAAAAAGAAAAGAAAAGAAAACGGAAAGAAAAGGAAAAAAGAGGAAGAGAGAGAGAAAAAAAGAAGAUAAAGAAGAGAGUAAGGAAUAAGGAAUUAAAGAAUUGUUGAAGAGGUGAUUAUUAAAAAUGUAGAUUAUAUUGUAUUAUGUGAAUCAAUGUGACGGUGCGAGAACAUUGUGAUCAAGGAUGAAACGUGCGUGUUCAUGCACCUUUUCGAUGUAUAGGUGCUAGUUUUGUACAUAAUUAUAUUACAUCGUAUGCGUGAUCCUUUUUUAUUUUAUAUUUUUCUACGAACCGCGUGAGACUUAAGGAAUUUUCUUCUCAAAGAUUAUAUUCUUUGCAACCGUGCGCUUGAUUUUCUCAUGGAUCAUUUUCCAUUUGUGUAUUCGUUUUAAGGGAAUGAUAUUGAUCUCAAUCGACAAGCCACGAAACUUUUCUUCUUUACGACGUUGAAUAUCUUUCUUUCUCUUCUCCUUUUCCUUUCUUCUCUUUUUUUUUUUCACGUCAGACGUUUCAACAGCUGUGUAUGAAUGUCAAGAUAUUAUUUAUCUGCGUGAUAAAGAGAGGAAAGAUCCAUUUUUUUUACUACGUCUAAGGUAAUUCGUUUUUGUCCUUGGUCACGAUGAUCAUAAAUGGAGCCUGCUCUACAUUACGAUAAAACGAAAGAGUCUUGCCAAAUAGCCGCGCCACUGCCUCGACAUUUACUUUUGUUUGUGUUUUAUUAAGUGAACGAAUGGAGAUUGAAAAUUUCAAUUUCACGCAUAACACAUUUUCCUCUCUUGAAAAAAAAAGAAAAAAGAAAAAAAAAAAGAUAAUUGUCGAACAGUGUCGUAGUGUUACGUGUGUCAGGCUCCUCUUUCUUUCUUUUUUCUUAUGCAAUCGAAUAUUGCAUAAUGUUGUAAAUAGAGAAUUAAUCGUCAACACACGGAAUAUCGAAAGAACGAUGAAUAGGGAAGGGAUAAAAGAAAAUUGUUUGUUAUACUUAAUUUAAUUGUAGGACCAAAAAACGUUUGAUGAUUCGUUACUGUGUAAAGGACACCGUCGUUCGAGUGUAAUUUCUAAAUGUUUUAAUAAUAAAAAGCUGCGUAAAAAAUCACGGAGCUAAAGGAACUACUCUUCGAAAUUGAAUAAAGGUGAUUUUAAUCUAAUUUUACGUUGUUGUGGGUCAUCGGCGAAUCGAAAUAAUAUAAUCGAGAAUGAGAUUUUUCAACCGCUGUUGGCCCACAAUAAUAAUCGUUGAAGAUGAAAAUUCUUUUGUGAAUCAUUGAUGAUCUAUUACAAUUGCAGUCUUCGAAGAUGAAACUUUCUUCAUGGAUCAUUAGUGAAUAUAGCCAUAAUAGUGAAAAUGCAAAGUUUUUCGAUGGAUUAUCGAUAAUCUAUGAAUAUAAAAUUCAUCAAAGGAAAAUGAAAAUUUCGUCUGGAUCACUAGUGAAUCGUUUAUGAAAAUGGACAUUUUUAUUUUGUGAGUGUUAUUUACGAUCUAUGAUUUAAUCACCGAAGAUUAAAAAUGCAAGUUGAAAUUGAAAAAAAGAAAAAAAAAGUGAAAUUUUCAUUCAUCAGAAAGUGUGUGAAUGUUAAGUAUGAAUGUUAUAAAUUUAAUAAUACUCCUAUUUUAUUAGAAUUUAAUAUAUUUGUUUUGUAAUUUGAUUUUUUUAAUUUAAUCCUUAAAAUAUUUAAAAAAUUUUCUGUUUCUCUCAGGAUAUAGGAAUAUAGAAAAAAAAAAAAGAGAAAAAAAAGAAAAAAGGGAAAAAGAGAAAAAGAAAAGAAGAAGAAAAAAAUAGUUCAAUUAUUUAACGUUUUGAGCACAUUCAGAUUUUAUUUAGUCGUGUGCGAUAGUCUUUGACAGGCAUAUUUUCAUACAUAGUAGCUAUAUCAAAAGACUAGAAACCAGUUUCACUCUUGUUACAAUGGAUUCUCAUGUUCGUUUUUUUUUUUUUUUUUUAAACACAGCACUCUCGAAUUAUCUUGAAUAUUAAUUGAUUCUUGUACAUAGUAUCUAUUUAUAUCACGUAUCUCGCUUGUGUCUUCUUGUUUCACCAAGAAAAUACCUGUUUUUGUAAAAUGCCAUUGCUAUUCAUGACAAAAUUUUAUCCAUUAUUAUACUUCAUCGUGAAUAAGUUAAAAAUUAGUAAUCGAACAAAAAAUUCUUUGAAUUUUUUUAUGCAUUUUUUUUCUCGUCUUUUCCUUCUAUGGAUAUUAAUCAAAUAACAGAAAAAUAGAAAAAAAAAAAAAGAAUACGUCAAUUUCUAUAAAGAUCCGUGUAAAGGAAGAAGAAGAGAAAAAGAGGAAUAAAAAAAAAGAAAAAAAAGAGAAACAAAAUAGCAAAUAACAUCUUUUAAUUCCAAGAAUGCGAGAUCGCGUGAUCAUUUUCUGCGUCAGAGACGCAAUUUUUGGAUUGGCUUGAAUGAUGCAACGAAAUCGUUAAUUUAAUAGGCAUUGAUUUACCUUGGUUAUCAUUCGUUAAUGUCGUCGAUUGAUUCCACGCGUCAUCUUGGAAACGAGUGGGAUAGAAAUACGAUGUGUCAUCGAGAGUCCAAGAGUUUUAUACUCUUUUUUUUUUUUCUUUUUUUUUUUUAUAAAUUUGCAUCAAAUUUUUCUUUAUUUUUCUUCUUCCUUUUUCUUUAAUAUAUAAAAAUGCCCAUCUUUCGGCUGUACUUUUUUUUUUCAAAAAUUUCGAAUAUCCAUUUUAUUUUAUUCUUUUCACCAGUUUUAUCCAUCGGAUUAUCCUAAUUAACGUAUCGAGAUGUAAUACAAAAAAGAUUGUCAAAAUUGAAUCCGUGCACCAUCGUUUGAGACCUUAUUCUCUUUCAAUUUCUCUUUCCUUUUUCUUCUCUUUCUCUCCCCCACGGUAAAAUUCGACAAAGGUCGCCUUAACUUAUCGCCAGUCUAACUAACUAGCCAUCGACUAUUCGUCUAACGUGUUUUUUCUAAAGACUCGACGACAGUCUUGGGAUUAAAAUCUGCAAACUUUCAGCCUUCGACUCGGUGACCCUUAAAUGUAUCUUCGUUUAUCCGAACAAACGUUUGAUUUCACUUUCUUGACUUUUUUGAUUUUCUAGGCAGAUGGACAGCAAUCACAGUAGAUAAAUCACACACCUUGUAUUCAUUUCAUUAUCCUGAGCUGCAAUUCAGAAGAUUUUUCCUCUGUACAGUCAUUGUACUCCCCAUGAAUUUACAUCCUGUAAAAUCUUCCUGACGAAUCUCACAGUACAGGUAAUCCUCCUUUUCAACCUGUUUGAUCACACUAGUUAUAACCUAUUAAGUUAGCUAACCAGUAGGCAAUAACACAUUUGCAUCAGAUGCUAAUCAAACAAAUUUCUCCAUGAGAAAUCUCUCAUCUUCCUUUUUAUCAUUCAGGUAUGCUCUCAAGUGUGGUGGACGUAAGCCGUCAAAUGAGCAAACACAAUUUAUUUCGACUCUUCCUGUCAGGAAUCAGGGCCUUGGAUUUGGCAGCGUCCUCCGGAGCGUUUCUCGCGUACAGCGGCCUGCUAAGUCUGUGCCUCACAUCUUUGCCUAGAGUAGGGCCACCCUUCCUCAGAGAUAUAAGCCUACUUAACGCGGAUUUCUCAGGGGCUUCCUUUCUGUCCACGCAGUUCAAGGUUGUUACCGUGAAUUCGAUGUCUUUGGGUUCAUAGGAGAUGAAUUCUUCGACUGGUUCGUCGAUGGUGUCACGAUCUAUCCACGUCAGACCCAUUUCGACUUUUUCAGCUAGAUCUUGCCAGUGUUGCCUGUUCUCCAUCGUGCCCUCGUAGAGCGGCAUGAUCCAUGGAAAGGUGUCGGAGAGAACUUUGUAGAGGGGCAGACAUAUCACGUCGAUGAAACCGACUUGCAUUUGAGGAAGUUCGUCCUUCCUCUCGCGAUCCAUCAUGGCCACUGGUUGUUGGUUCAGUUGGAGGCGUUCCAGAUCACCCUGGUCGAAGAAUUCGUCGGCGACUAGCUUGGCCACCCGGUGUUGCACCUCCCAGGGCUUUGCUAUGGCGCUCACGUCGCAGGCCGUCAUCAUCAUCCCGCAUAAUACUGGAAAAAAAGAAAA